AUGGUGGCGCUGGGACGAGCUUUGGGCAACGAACGCUUGCCGGCGGAGCCAGGCAAGCCUUCACCACGGGAGGAAGUCGACCGUUGCGCGGCAGAGCUCAAGAUGGCUGCUGGUGACGAGAUCGCAGCCAACGCCGCUGCAAUCGCGGCGAUGUUUGCCGCGAUCACUAUCCCAGUGGAUGCGAGCGGCCACAGCAGCCCGGAGUUGGCUCGCUUGCAGCCGGUGAUGAACCGGAUUGUGCGCUGGGCCAACUACACCAAGGCCGCGGUCCGGCCGCUGCGGUGUUGCGCGAGGCGCGCCACAGCCUAG